UCGACGUCACCGCUUCCGCCCUGAAUCCCCCUCCUCCCCCCUCUCCCUCCCCCGGCGUCGUUGGAGCUGCUCGGCUGCCUGCAAUCCAACAUGGAGUAGAGAGAGAUGGGGCUCUAGCGGGGCCACCCCUCGGUAACAACAGCGACGACGCGCUUUUUACGCACAACUGGAACCUAAGUCGUCGGUGAAAACAUGCGCCUUAGGAUUUAAAACGGAGUGUGUGCCUUGUGUGUUCGUUCGUGCGUGUGUGUGUGUGUUUGGGGAGGGGGGGAGCGAAGAGAAGAGCUGGAUUCUGCUACUAAAUUGUCUGUAUAGGCUACGUUACCUACUGAAGGCGAUGGGGUAUUAAAAAAGGUAGGCUAUAAGAAAGGUGCAUUUGCGAUCCAGAAGAAACUGGGUGUCUUCGGGGGGAAAUAGGGGGAAAGUGAGGAAAAAGAAGACGAGAGGCUCAGCCAGUCGAAGGCAAAGCCAAAGAGCCGACACUCGCACAAAGGCGCAGGGGGAUUUAUGCGGAAUUGGAGACAGAAUCGGAGGAGCAGCGGUGAAAGAAUGACGAGCGAAAAGUAUGCAACCGCCGUGGUACAUUACCUGAGGUGAAACGAGAAAAUGAUAGAAGAAACACACCCAAACGAUGACAGCUACAUCGUGCGUGUGAAAGCGGUGGUGAUGACGCGGGACGACUCGAGCGGGGGUUGGCUGGCCCAGGACGGGGGAGCUCUGAGCAGGGUCGGGGUCUGCCGCCUCCUUCCGCCAGAGCUGGCGCCCGUGCCGACCUCCUGUAGCUCCCAGUUCCUCAUCCGUGGUGAGCGGCUGCGGGACAAACGGGUGAUCAUGGACUGUCCGUUAAAAAAGGACCUUGUGUACACCAUAGCAACGCCCACGUUUCACCAUUGGAAGGUGGAGGACAGGAAGUGCGGCCUGUCCUUCCAGAGUCCAGCUGACGCCAGAGCGUUCGACAGAGGGGUACGGAAAGCCAUCGAGGACCUGGCUGAAGGCUCCACAACCUCCUCUACAGCACUCCAGAAUGAGGGCGAGCUGGGCGACGACGACGUCUUCACUAACACCACAGACAGCUCAUCCAACUCCUCCCAGAAACUGGAGAGCUCUCUGCAGCCGCUCGAGUCCUCGCCCCUUCCGCAGAGACACAAGUGCAUGCUGGGACAUCGCCACGACCUCCACGACCCCUAUCGGCUCUCAGACCACUACUUCAUGGACCAGCCGUUGUCUCGGCUUCCCCGUCAUGUCACCUUCCAGGAGGACGAGGAAAUCGUCCGCAUCAACCCUCGGGAGCGCAGCUGGGAGCGAACCACCGAGCGCCACUAUGGACGUCAGUCAGAUCGCUCCUGGCUCACGGGCUACGAGGACUACCGCCACGCCACCGUGCGUGACAAGUUCAUCCAAAUGGACGACCCCGAGUCCUACGUCCACUUUGCCAAGACAGAGGCGCAGAAGCACGACUACACCUAUCCUCUGGCACCGUCCCUGUCGCCCUCAGACUCUGACCCCGCCCUCGGACCCUUGGUCAAUAAGGGCCCCGGCGGCUCGUAUCGCCAGGGCUUCUCCCCUGUGGUCUCCGCUCAGCCCCGCUCCUUCCUCCCGAGCUCCUCAUCGUCCAAUGGCGGAAAGGGGCGGAAGGAGGACGGGUUGGAGCGAGCUCAGUGCGAGCACUGCGGCGAGGCCUUUUACGUCUCCGACAACCGGAGAGGCCGGUGCCACGAUGCGCCGGACCCUGUGCGGGCGUGCAUCCAGCGGGUCAGCUGCAUGUGGCUGGCAGACACCAUGCUAUACCACUGCAUGUCCGACCCAGAAGGGGACUACUCGGACCCCUGCUCCUGUGACGGGGGCGAGGGCGGCGGGGGGGGCCGAUUCGGCUCGCGGUGGUUCGCUCUGUUUGGCUUGUCUCUGGUGGCGCCCUGCCUGUGCCUCUACCCUCCUCUCCACGCUUGCCACCGGGCGGGGCUCAGGUGCGGCUGCUGCGGAGGCCGACACAAGGCCCUGAGCUGAGCAGCCGCGCUUGGAAACCUCUCAGAGGAAAACAACAAAAACCUAAACCCAACGCAAGCACAGGGAAAGGGAAGGAUGGGGUAAUACACAGAGGGGACAAGUGGUAAUGGCUGCUCACUCUUUUGCCUUGGUUUCUCUGGGAUUGUCUACAAAUUCCAGACACUGAAAUAAGCCAAAAAAAAAACAACUGUUGGUGCAUUUUCUGAACGGCCUGGGAAGAUAAGCUCCCCCUUACGGCAGACAGUUCUCUCAGCUCUCCACGUGGCCAUUUCAUGCUCUGUUUCUAGUGAGAGAGCACUCUUUUUCAGGGGGCCUUUUU